CCGGCUCCAGCGGCCCCCGCCCCGGACCUGCAGGCCGGACCCCCGGACGAGAGGAAAAUGUCCUUCCAAGGCAAGAAGAGCAUCCCCCGGAUCACGAGUGACCGCCUUCUGAUCAAAGGCGGGAAGGUCGUGAACGAUGACCAGUCCUUUUACGCCGACUUGUACGUGGAAGACGGUUUGAUAAAGCAAAUUGGAGAAAACCUUGUCGUCCCUGGGGGCAUCAGGACCAUCGACGCUCACGGCCUGCUGGUGCUUCCGGGAGGGGUCGACGUGCACACGAGGCUGCAGAUGCCCGUCCUGGGCAUGACCCCGGCCGACGACUUCUGCCAGGGCACCAAGGCGGCCCUGGCGGGCGGGACCACCAUGAUAUUGGACCACGUGUUCCCCGACGUGGGGGUGAGCCUGCUGGCGGCCUACGAGCAGUGGCGGGAGCGUGCGGACAGCGGGGCCUGCUGCGACUACUCGCUGCACGUGGACAUCCCCCGCUGGCACGAGAGCACCAGGGAGGAGCUGGAGGCCCUGGUCAAGGACAAGGGUGUGAACUCCUUCCUGGUCUUCAUGGCGUACAAGGACAGGUGCCAGUGCACCGACGGCCAGAUGUACGAGAUCUUCAGCAUCAUCCGGGACCUGGGAGCCCUGGCUCAAGUGCACGCGGAGAACGGGGACCUGGUGGAGGAGGAGCAGAAGCGGCUGCUGGAGCUCGGCAUCACCGGCCCCGAGGGCCACGUGCUGAGCCGCCCUGAGGAGGUGGAGGUCGAGGCUGUGUUCCGAGCCGUCACCAUCGCCAAGCAGGCCAGCUGCCCACUGUAUGUCACCAAGGUGAUGAGCAAGGGAGCAGCCGACGUGGUGGCCCGAGCCAAGCGCAGGGGUGUGGCUGUGUUCGGGGAGCCCACUGCAGCCGGGCUGGGCGCCGACGGCUCGCAGUGCUGGAGCGAGAACUGGGCGAAGGCCGCCGCCUUCGUGACGUCGCCCCCGAUCAGCCCGGACGCCACCACUGCCGAGCACCUCGCCGCCCUGCUGUCCAGCGGGGACCUCCAGGUGACCGGCAGUGCCCACUGCACCUUCACCACCGCCCAGAAGGCCGUCGGCAAAGACAACUUCGCCCUCAUCCCCGAGGGCACCAACGGCGUGCAGGAGCGCAUGUCGGUGGUCUGGGAGAAGUGCGUGGCCUCAGGGAAAAUGGAUGAGAAUGAGUUCGUUGCUGUGACCAGUACAAAUGCCGCCAAAAUCUUCAAUUUUUACCCGAGGAAGGGGCGGGUGGCCGUGGGCUCUGAUGCCGACCUGGUCCUGUGGGACCCCAAGGCCACGAAAACCAUCUCCGCCAAGACCCACAACCUGAACGUGGAGUACAACAUCUUCGAGGGCCUCGAGUGCCGGGGGGUGCCCGCCGUGGUCAUCAGCCAGGGCAGGGUGGUGCUGGAGGGCGGGCAGCUGUGUGCCACGCCCGGGGCCGGCCGCUUCAUCCCUCGGAAGACGUUCCCCGACUUCGUCUACAAGAGGAUCAAGGCGCGCCACAGGCUGGCCGAGGUCCACGGUGUGCCCCGCGGCCUCUACGACGGGCUGGUGCAGGAGGUGAUGGUGCCGGCCAAGCCCGGCGGCAGCGCCCAGGCCCGCGGGCCCUGCUCCGGGAAGAUCUCGGUGCCGCCCGUGCGGAACCUGCACCAGUCGGGCUUCAGCUUGUCAGGGUCGCAGGCUGACGACCACGUUGCCAGGCGCACGGCGCAGAAGAUCAUGGCGCCCCCCGGCGGGCGCUCCAACAUCACCUCGCUGUCCUAGGCGCCGCGGGACCGCUCAGGGCGCGAGGAGCUGCCGCCGUCCUGGGCGGGCGGGGCAGGUGCACGGGAAGCUCACCGUCAGCCUUCUCUUUGUAGAACUGACUUUGAAGGUGCUCGGCCCCUCCUUCUUCCCUCACCAGACACUCUCCUCGGGGGGACCCAGGUUCUGUUACAAGGGCUGAACCUGGGGAGGGGUCCCUGCCAGGGCAGCUCAGGUUGUUGCCCGGGCCUGGGUGCUAGGUGCCCCCCCAAAGGCUGUUGGGGCUCCCGGGGCCUCACAGCACCCAGGCGAGGGGCUGGGGUGAGCCCCACCUCGUGCCAGCCACUGCCUCUCGAAGCCCAGCCCUGCCACCUGCCUCCCCGGGGCCGGCGCCUCGGCACAAGGAGCAGCCCCGUGAGCCGGGCCCUGCCGGGGCUGCUGCGA